AGCAUAUGUUGAGACAUUUUUCAUAAACGGCAUCUCUUAUUUUUAGCUGGACGACUGACAUCACAUGUCGGAAGCAUAUAACCUCAUUGGUUUUGCUACAGGACUUAAGUCUGAAUUCGUCUUUUCAGGGCUUGUUCGCUUCAUCCCUCCUCCCCUUCACACAGAGUUUGAUGCGCUCUGUUCUCGUCUUUGCCAGUGUGGGCCAGAGCGCAGGGGAUCAUGGCGUCAGACGGGAUGAUUUUAACCAACCACGAUCACCAAAUUCGAGUCGGAAUUUUAACUGUGAGUGACAGCUGUUUUAGGAAUCUUGCAGAGGACCGUAGUGGAGUCAACUUGAAAGACCUGGUCCAUGACCCGUCACUGCUGGGAGGCGUCAUAUCAGCCUAUAAAAUAGUUCCUGAUGAAAUAGAUGAGAUUAAGGAGACGCUUUUGGACUGGUGUGAUGAGAUGGAGCUAAACCUGGUCCUGACCACUGGGGGCACCGGCUUCGCCCCUCGUGAUGUCACACCCGAGGCCACCAGGGAGGUGAUAGAGCGUGAGGCUCCAGGGAUGGCUCUGGCCAUGCUCAUGGGCUCUCUCAACGUCACGCCUCUCGGCAUGCUGUCCAGGCCAGUGUGUGGGAUCAGGGGGAAAACCCUCAUCAUUAACCUGCCAGGUAGCAAGAAGGGCUCUCAGGAGUGUUUCCAGUUCAUCCUGCCGGCCCUCCCUCACGCCAUCGACCUGCUGCGUGAUGCGAUCGUGAAGGUGAAGGGUGUCCACGACGCUCUGCAAGACCUCCCCUCCCCCCCUCCCCCACUGUCCCCUCCGCUCCGCCACUCCCCCCCGCGCCACACCAAGGACUGCGGGGUGCAGUGUGAGGAAGAGGAGGAGGAGGAGAGGAAGAGCAACAGUCUGACUUCCAACCACCUUGGCUCCUCCCACAUCACCGCGGCCGCCAUCGCUGCCAAGAGGGGGACGCCACCCCCCAACCACGCUGUUGUCAUGGCGAAAGGUGGGCACUACCUGCCUGGCCACACACCUGUCCCGACACAUUUCACCUGUUCCUGUGGCGACCCCCCGAUCCCUGACGCCAUCAUCUCGCGGGGGGUCCAGGCUCGGGACACUGCGUCUCUCAGCACCACCCCCUCAGAGUCUCCACGUGCCCAGGCCACCUCCCGUCUCUCCACUGCCUCAUGCCCCACCCCUAAGGCGCGGCUCCCCUCUUCCUGCUCAUCCACUUAUAGUAAUUCACAGGCCUCCAGGAGAGAGUUCAGGGCUCACCUUGAUGAGGUCAUCAGGCUCAAGGCCAGGUACUCUACCCUGGACCAGGUUCAGUCACGUUGUGGCAGCAAGGAGAACAUUCUUAGAGCCAGCCACAGCGCGGUGGACAUCAGUAAGGUGGCGAGGCGUCACCGUAUGUCUCCGUUCCCCCUCACCUCCAUGGAUAAGGCCUUUAUCACUGUGCUGGAGAUGACCCCUGUACUGGGCACUGAGAUCAUCAACUACAGAGAUGGGAUGGGGCGGGUCCUGGCUCAGGAUGUUUACGCCAAAGACAACCUCCCUCCCUUCCCCGCUUCUGUGAAGGACGGCUACGCUGUCCGAGCUGCGGACGGCCCGGGAGACCGUUUCAUCAUGGGGGAGUCCCAGGCAGGCCAGCAGCCCAGCCACACGGUGAUGCCAGGCCAGGUGAUGAGGGUCACCACCGGGGCUCCUAUCCCCUGCGGGGCGGAUGCCGUGGUGCAGGUGGAGGACACGGAACUGCUCAGGGAGUCCGAGGAUGGCACAGAGGAGCUGGAGGUGAGGAUCCUGGUGCAGGCGCGCCCUGGCCAAGACAUCAGGCCCAUCGGUCAUGACAUCAAGCGGGGGGAGUGUGUUCUGUCUAAGGGAACCCACAUGGGGCCUUCAGAGAUCGGUCUGUUGGCCACAGUGGGGGUCACCGAGGUGGAGGUACAGAAAUUCCCUGUGGUGGCUGUCAUGUCAACUGGCAACGAGCUGUUGAACCCAGAAGAUGACCUCCACCCUGGAAAGAUUCGAGACAGCAACAGAUCCACUCUGCUGGCGACCAUCCAGGAACAUGGCUACCCUACCAUCAACCUGGGCAUCGUAGGAGACAACCCAGACGAUCUUCUCAACGCACUGAACGAGGGCAUCAGUCGCGCUGAUGUCAUCAUCACCUCAGGGGGCGUGUCCAUGGGGGAGAAGGACUACCUGAAGCAGGUGCUGGACAUCGACCUCCAUGCCCACAUCCACUUUGGACGGGUCUUCAUGAAGCCAGGCCUCCCGACCACAUUUGCCACUGUUGACAUCGACGGUGCACGGAAACUCAUUUUCGCUUUGCCAGGUAAUUUCACCUUCAGAGACACAGGCGCCGCCCUGGUGGAGGCGGUGCAUCUGAGCGACACCGAGGCCAGCAGACAACCCGUCCCACCGCCACCGCGCGGAAGUAACCCUGUAUCAGCAGUGGUCACCUGUAACCUGUUUGUGAUUCCUGCCCUGAGGAAGAUGCAGGGUAUCCUGGAUCCUCGGCCAACUAUCAUCAAGGCCAGGUUGUCUUGUGACGUGAAACUGGAUCCUCGUCCAGAGUACCACCGCUGCAUUCUCACCUGGCAUCACCAGGAGCCCCUGCCCUGGGCACAGAGUACAGGGAACCAGAUGAGUAGCCGCCUGAUGAGCAUGCGCAGCGCCAACGGCCUGCUGAUGCUGCCCCCGAAGACGGAGCAGUACGUUGAGCUGCACAAGGGGGAGGUGGUGGACGUCAUGGUGAUUGGCCGGCUAUGAUGUCACUUUCUGGACGGAGCAGCGCUGCAUGUUCACAUAUCAUCAAACUAUCCCAUUAAUAUGCAAUGGCACAGCUAGUUUGUACUGAACUGGGAUAUCGACUUCUCAAAUCACAAAGAAUACUAUAGGAGUACAUUUAUCAAUCUCAAUGUGAAGGAAAAAAAAAAGAUCAUUGUAUUUACAAGACAGAAAAAAUAUGAGCUUUUGAAGUGAAGAAUAUAUGAAAUAUAAGAGAUUUAUUCUGUAUUAUAUCCUUGUUAUAAUUAUCAUGAUUAUUAUAUUUAAUUAUUAUGGUUAUUGAUAUUAUCAUUAUAUUAUAUUAUCAACUGUGUUCUCUUUCCUCCCAUUUGCUUUGUGUGUUCAGUGCUAGCCCCUCCCUUUCCUGUUAGCUGUAGCAGUAGAGCUCCUCUGGAGAUGCCCAUUUCCUCUCCUGGCAGGAUAUGAUGUCAGAACAUUGCUCUGGCUGGAGAGGAGGGCUGUAUCAUCCUUAUGGUGCAAUUAGGUGACAUAUUUUCCCUCUAGUGCUUCUAUGCCUCAUAUCUCCCUCAUUUAAUCUCCAUAAAGGCUAUAUAGCCAGCUUCGCUUGUUGUUUAUCCUGUGAGUCGUGUUUAUGUGCGCGGUGCCAAAUGUGCAGGCAUGGGCAAGGUAGUGGGGUUAUCCGGUCACAACAGCUGACCUAUCCUCCAGCUUCCUACCACCUCACCUGCCUAUUUGCCCUGACCCCAUCUACUACCCCACUUGCCCCCAUCUAUUACCCCACCAGCUCACCCACCCACCCAGAGACUGGGGAGACCGGAGAAAACUUUCUCUUUCAUUACUUUCAUCUUUCAGAAGGGAGAACCAGCUUAUUUAAGUGCGGACUGCCUUUUUAACAACUGUUUAAAACAAUGUACAGAAAAAGAGUAAUAUUGUACAGAAAUGCGACCAGCACUCUUAUGUAAGACAUUAUCAAAGCAAUGAGAGGUCAUUGAAGAACUCUGUACUAUAACAUUUUCUGUAAUGAUAUUGAAAUUAAUAAUUAAAAAAACAAUCCUUGAUCAUUAU